UGCAGUGAUGGCUGAGUGCAUGGACUGGCCUCAACCAGUCCAUGCACUCGGCCAUCCAUCCCUCUUACCCUUCUCUCCCUCAUAAUGCCUUGAAAUUCGGGAGGAAGAGCAUCUUGGAGCUUGGAGUCUCUCGUGUGUACGGGGAAAAGAGUAAAUAAGCAUCCAGUCUAUUGCGCUGACGCGGAGCGGGCUGCCUGGACUUCUCAAGUGUAUGUCUAGCCCUCGACAGAGCUCUAGUUUCGCCACUGCGUAUUGGAAUGGGAAGGAAUGACAGCCGCUGUGGGUUCCAGAGCAGAGCAAUUCUGCUCGGCACGACCUCUUGAUGAGAAAGCGUUCGGAAAUCGGUCUUCCCCCGCCGCAGCGUCAAUUUCAGGCGGAAUCUUGGCAAGACUGUCAAUUUUGCGGGUAAUUCGGAAAAUGUAGGCGGCGGGAAAGUCUGGACCUUUUUCUGAUGAGGGUUGCCUCGGACAGCAGGCGCAGGUCGCUGCUGCUUUGCUGGAGGAAGAUUCUCGGGACUUUCGUUGAUUGAACGAAGAGAAACAUUUUGUCGAGUCGAAGUCAUGAAGGUCCGCAUUAAGGAGGACUGUGAGCACAGCGAGAAGAGCGAGAAGAGCGAGAGGAGCGACAACAGUGGCAAAAAUCAGAAGAAAGCUGAUCCCUGUCACAAAUGUAUUGAUGACCCCGGGUCGGAACCACUCGGGGAGCCCGCAGAAGAUGAACUUGUUUACGAACGAGAUCCUCCUCUCGUGGUGGGAAAGCUGGGCGUGGUAAAAUUCGGCGAUUCUCCCGAGGAGGAGCCUGUGGAGAGCGAAGGGCCUUCCGAGGUGUUUCUGAACGAGAAAUAUGAACUCCCGGAUCCAAACACGAGCAGAAUCCUUCUGGCCGAAGAAUCGGCCGAGCCAGAUUCGAAUGGCGUCAUCGUCGCCACUCCUCUGCCAUUUCUAGGCCACUUCACCUCGUUCGACAGGAGCUUCCGCAAACCCAAACCGCCGCCGAAAGUGCAAUCCCGAUGGGGCAUCGUCAAGAUUCCAAUCCGUAUCAAACAAGACCUGCCCACGAGACGACCAGAACCAACCAAAAUCAUUCAUCCCCUGGAAUCCGAGUGGGUGACUCCUGGCUGGGUCAGACCUCGUGUUCCCAUCGAUCCAAAGAAUGGAAGACGCAUUCUGCACCAUUAUCCGGUGACGGGUGACAGAAAACACAUAUGCAAGCUUCUGACACCUUCUGGAUACUAUCAAAAGCACAAAGGCGGAGGAUGGAUAUGCCGCAGAUGGACCAAACGCCCGUAUCCUCGCAAGCUCAUCAAUCACACGGAAGAAGAAUGGCAGAAAGCACAAGUUUGGUUAAAGAAGAAGGAAAAUCGAAAUGAGGCAAAGUUCCAGAAAGAUUUUGAUGAGAUCUGGGAGGGGAUCGAAGGGAAAGACAACGGGAUUAUGAAGGAUACGCUCCAUACCAUCCACAAAGACACGGACAUGAUGAGAGAGAGGAAGAUGCGCAUGUGGGAGGAAUGGGACCUGCAUGUUUUCAAUUUCAUUCAGAGGCAAACAGGGGACAAGAUCAACGACGACACGUACAGAGCAGACCAAGUUUCUCUACGCAACACGGCUCUACAAAAGAAGUAUUGCGAAGCUGCGAGAAAGAGGAAUUUGUAUCUAGACAUUAUUCAUGAGAGAGAAUACGACCCCUUCGAGUUCCGAGAUGCAGCUUUGAAGUACAACGACAAGAAUUUGCGUGAUCCUGUUAAGCAUGACUGGGACAAGGACAAGCGAGAAAAGACAUUAAUGGGUGAGUCAGUGCCAGAAAGAAGUCGAUGCAGGGAAAUGUUGAGCAUGCGCGAUUGGCCAGAACCUGCGUUCAAAGCAUCCAUGGCCGGACGGGUCACAUGUGACGAUGAACUUCAGGAUCGCGUCCACUUGGCAGCCGUUCCGGAAAAAUGGGUUUCGAGGGACGUCUUCUGGAACAAGAGAUUCGGCCCUGAAUUUUGGCAUACAUCAUUCCCCAAGGGAGGAAAAUGCUGCGAUGUUCCGAAACCUGCUUCUGGUUUGGAGGCACCACCUCCACAGUGGCGUGGUAUCCGUAUUGUGUGGGACGUGGAUUGUAAAAAGCAGCGCAAACUUCAGAUAUCUGAAAACAAUCCUUGGUUUUAGCACUGAUCCAAAGUCAAAGAACAAGAGUGGAUCCAGACAAUCUCUAUCCUUUUCUGAAAUACUUGUUGAGCUGACUAUAAUCUCUGUAUUUCAUCUCUCGCCCAGCAAUGUUGGCCAGAUAUUCACCCUUUACCUGAGGACUUUCGUAUCAUGUACUCCAAUAUCCGUUAUAACAGUAGUACAAAUUAGUAUCUGAAAGAUCAAACCUUAAGAUGUAGAUUGAAAUAUUCAUCGAUCAGUGCUCAACUAGAGCCCAUUCAGAGCUUAAUGGAAGAAUCUUAGAACAGGGUCAGUUAAAACAGUUUAGUCGAAGACCCAAAGCUACCGGUUUUUUGAGACACGGCUACUGGGGCUUCGGCAAGCCCAACGUGGAUAUGCCGGUUCGAAAUGCUUUGGUUGACACCUAGAAAAUCUGAACUAAUCUCAGCGAUGCGCUAAUCCCCACAACAAAGGAGGAGCAAUUUUAAUUGAUAUUGUCUCCGUCUACUAUCACCUGGCAACAAAAAUUGAUCGAUUUAGAUCUACUGUUUAAAAACCAUGAUCUACUGUUUGAAGAAUUAGAAUUUUUGCAGAUACACAUCAAUAACAUCUGCC